UAUAUUGGACAACGCCACCUGGUGAGAAAUAAGAAAACUAAAAUGCAGAGAGAAGAUUCAUCUGAGUAUGAUAUUAGUUCCAGCGAUUCUUCACCAGGAAAAGAUGCCAUAUUUACCCCUCUCUUCACAGCUUGUUUAUCUGACGCAGUUAAAGAUGGCGACACGUUACAAUUUACUGUCAUGGCAACACGAGCUGGAGAGGAAACUGGAACGAUAGUUAAUCGACAGUAUGAAGAUAUAGAAUGGUUACAUCAUUGUUUAACAACUCAAAACAAUGUGGAUGGAGUUAUUAUUCCGCCAUUACCCACAAGACCAGAUGUAGAUGCACGUAGCGCUGAAAAUAAAUCAAAACAACAAUUAGGCAACGAUACCAAAGUUCUUAAACCUGAUGAUUUUAAUAAUGAUUGUCAAAAUGUUGAAGGAUACCUGAAGAUGAUAUUAAACCAUCCAGCAUUUGGACGAGAUGUAGCUGUAGAAAAAUUUCUCUGUGAUACAGUUGCUCCAGUAAGAAGUAAGUUAAAGAAAGGUUUAUUAUCCAAGUUUACAGAUGCUGUAGAAGAAGUGAGAAAAGGCAACCAUAGGGAUAUUGAUGAAUAUUUCCAAAAGAAACGUGAAUGGGCCGCAGAAUAUUCAAAAAUUAUUAAAGAAACCUCCACAAAUUUUGAUAAAAUGGUUCAUGCUCAAUUACGUCUAUCAUGUAGCUAUGGUAAUUUAGCAGCCGAAGUUACUGUAGCCGAUGGAACUAGUGGUCCAGAUUCAACUAAACUUAAUAGAAUUAUGUAUAAGUUUAGUCAUGGUCUAGAUAAUGAAAGGCGUGGUUUAGAGAUGAUAUGUAAUUAUGGGGAGAUAACCCUAGGUCAUGUUUUAGAUCUGUACACUAGAUAUAUGGAAUCAGUUAGGUCUAUGUUAUACAGAAGAACUUGUCUACUACUGAAUUAUGAAGAAGCUAAUAAAAAUUUUGAAAAAGCAAAAGUAGCCAAAAGACAGGCAGCAGAGGAAGCAAAAAUAGAAGCCGAGAAAAAAUAUGAAGACUGUACCGAUACAGCUCGUAUAGAGCUGAAAAGUUUUCUACAGCAAAGAAUUUUAGCUUUUGGUGAAAUAUUAACAAAAUUUACAGAACUGCAGUUGAAGAGUUCCAGAGAGACCUAUACAUUACUGCAUAAUUCUUUAACAACAGUCCAACAACUGGAGGUCUAGAACUUUCAGUUCCGAGCCAUAAUCAAAUUUAUCAAUACCUUAUUAACUACUUACAAACAGACUCAAUGCUUCAGACUACUUACAAACAGACUCAAUGCUUCAGACUACUUACAAACAGACUUAAUACUUGAGACUACUUAUAAACAGACUCAAUACUUGAGACUACUUAUAGAGGCACUUUUAAAAUUUUCGUCAAUCAGUAAAAAAAAAAAAUUUUGAUUUUGUUUGAUUGAAUUUGAAAUGUAAAUACACUGCCAUAACAGUAUAUGGAUUUUUCAACUUUGACAUUAAAUAAAAUUGUCAAAUGAAAAAUGAUAAUGUCUCCUUAAGUCUCAAAACAACAAUUGUAAUCAAAGUUUUUCAAAACAUUUCACACAAGUUUUGAUUGGUAGGUUGAUUUAGAGUCAACCAAUCACAAGUUUUUAAAAUAGAAACACUGCAAUUUCAUGUUUUACUUGCCAUAUAACAUGCAGGAUAAAUAUAUUUAGUCAAUUGACCAUUAGUUGUAUUUAUACAAAAUGGAUUUUUAAUACACAGUAGCCAAAAUAUUAUGUUUUUUACACAGUAGCCAAAAUCCUACUGCCAUCAAUAUUACCAAUGAAUUAUAUAUUGUAUUUAUGUUUAUUUUUUUAUCCAAUCAAUUGUUUCCAGUAACUACCAUGUGUAUACCUGUUGUAUAGUUUGACAUUUAAAGUGCAAUAUGGUUGAAAGGUUUAUAUCACUGUAUAUAUACAUGUAUAUAAUUACCACUGUGUCUGCGUCUUAGCCAUUAGAUUUGUCAAUUGAAAUGAAAUGAAAUAGGGUUUAACGUCCUACUGUUCUGCUCCGACUGGGCUAAUGAAUACGCAUAUACACCAUACAGUGUGCUAUGAAAGAAAUUGCAUGCACGUAAAAUAUCCCUGGGCGGUUGCAAUUCGAUAUUGCGCCGCUGUCCAGGCAAAAUUUCCCUCAUAGCACACUAUAUGGCGUAUGCCCGUCUUUAUUAGCCCAGUCGGAGCAGAACAGUAGGAUGUUAAACCCCAUUUCAUUUCUGUCUAUUGUUACAAUAUAGAAGUAGUUGUCUAUAUAUAGAAAUAGUUGUCUAUAUAUAGAAUUAGUUGUCUAUCUAUAGAAAUAGUUGGACUAUCUGUUGUUAGAAUAUAGAAAUAGUUGGACUAUCUGUUGUUAGAAUAUAGAAAUAGUUGUCUAUUGUUAGAAUAUAGAAAUAGUUGGACCAUCUGUUGACUUUUUUCCUAUGCUCAAACAUUCCUAACGCCCAUAGAAAACAAAUUGGAAUUUUUAUUUUGUAUGAUUUACCUGUUGAAUACCUGUACAGCAGUAGGCUAUAUCCUACCUGUACAGCAAUGAUUGUUGUUUAUGUCUAUACAGCAUUCCUGCGUACAGUCAAUAUGAUAUAAUACUGUACUGAGUUUAAUUUGUAAUGAUGCUAGCUGAAAUACUGAAGGUAGGCUAGCCUUGACGCCAUAAAACAUUUUUUUACUGAAGUAUUUGGGGUACUUACUGGAUAUUUGAUAUAAGAAUGAUGCUUGUUUGAACUGUAUAAUUAAAGCGGACUACAGUGCAUUGAAAAAUUGUUUAAUGGUGAUGUGACCCCUUCUAUUGUCAUAAUGUUUACCUUUGUACAUAAUAUCAAUAUUUUGUUGUGUUUAUAUAUAUAUAUUAUUAUGUUGUAAAAUUGAUGUCACAAUAUUGAUUUUGUAAGCCUAUUUCUUGCACAGAUCAGCCAUCUUAGUUUGAGGUCUCCAGUUAACUCAAUUUGCAUGUCAGAUUAAAAUGGUUGGCCAUGAGAGCACAUUGUAGUAAAAUCCUAGUAUACAACUUGAUAGCUGAAUACUGUAUUUAAAGUUGCAAUUUCAUAUUUGUACGUUAUAUUUUUAAAAUUUAUUAAAAUAAAGCCUUAAAAUAGA